GAAAAUGCAUCAUGUAAUUCUAAAUUUAUAUUGUUUUUGUUUUUAAAUGUCAAUGGGAUGUGGUUUAUGAAUAAAAAAUACGUUUUCGAAAAACUAUGGCCAGCUGGACAGGCAAAGUGCAAAGCGGAAAUGGUGAAAAUUCCAAUAACAUAUCAAUAACCCAUGACUUGCAGGACUGCAUUGACGAUAGUUUAGAUUUCAAUUACAACACUGUUUACUCGGAUUUGGCUCCAGCUCAUGAAAAUGGUAAAGUAAAACAGGAACCCUCGAUUUACAUUCAUAAAAUUGGUGGAAACAAUGAAAAUUCAGGAUAUAUACAUCAUGCAGUUUCCAUGGAUGAAAUUUAUAUGCACAUCAACCCUGGAAAUGCUGGACAGAUGCCUGAUGAGCCUUCUCAUGCCACCCUGACCAUAAUGAGUACAAAUCCUGAAACCAAAGAGACGACAGUGAAUCGAUUUAACUGUGAAUUUGAAGGAUGUUCAAGAACCUACAGCACCGUUGGCAAUCUUAGGACGCACAUGAAAACUCAUAAAGGUGAAUACAGAUUUAAAUGUACAGAGCCCAACUGCGGGAAAGCAUUUUUAACAUCAUACAGUCUUAAAAUCCACAUCCGAGUCCACACUAAAGUAAAACCAUUUGAAUGUACGCAAGACGGAUGCGAUAAAGCUUUCAAUACUUUAUACAGACUACGCGCACACGAAAGACUACACAAUGGCAAAACUUUUAACUGUGAAGCGGAGGGUUGUACAAAGUUCUUCACAACAUUGAGCGACCUUAAGAAACACAUCCGUACACACACUCGUGAGAAACCAUAUAGGUGCGUAGAAGAUGGUUGUGGUAAAGCUUUCACGGCUAGUCAUCACUUAAAAACUCAUAAACGGAUACACAGCGGUGAAAAACCGUAUGCUUGUAAAGAAAAUUUAUGUAACCGAGCCUUUUCCACACCGCACAGUUUAAAGUCACAUACUAAAACACAUCAAAAAAAUAACACUAACAAAUCACCUGAUAAAACUAGCAAUGUUGAGUAUGAGGAGAAACAAACUAUGGAAGAAAAUUCUGAAAAAAAUAACGACGUAAAGGAAGAAAUCGAAGUUCAUGAGAAUAAAAUUAAGUUAGACAUGGAUAAUUUUAAUGUUCAACAUGAAAAUGUUAGUUUUGAUUUUGAAGGUAACUAUAAUUUUGGUAAUUAUCAACAAAAUAUAGAUUGGGAUGUUUUGGAAAAAGUUGCUGAUUUAGCUACUUCUAAAGAUAAAGAUGGAUUUUUGCCAAUGGCGAAGGAUGAAAAUAUAAUGCAGUUAUCUGAUGAUAAUUCAGUUGUUCAGAAUAUGGAUUAUAACUGUUACAACUAUGAUUUUCCGUCUACAAACAAUAUCAUCAGCAAUGAAUAUUUGAAUGAUCAAAUUAACCCCACAGAUUUAAAUAUUGAAAAUAAAGCAAAAUUUGCAGCUGUCAUUGAAUCAGAUAUUGGCUCUGAAUUCGAAAUAGCUAAUGGACUAAAGAAUUAUGCCACUGUUAAUACGACAGAACCUGUGGCCACUCAAUUAUCCUAUAAUAUUGGUACUGAAAAUGUGGAAAACGCAAAAGAAGACGAAACGUUAAACGACACGCAAAUGCAGUUGGAAGGUAAUUCUAUUAUAACGGAGAUAGAAAAUGCCGGCAUAAAUUUGUAUGAUAUAAACUUAAAUGAUAGCAAUUUCGGAGACGUUUUUAAUGCUACUAACGAUGGUCUAAAGGUCGAUAAUCCUAAAGUGAAAAUAAUUAGUGUACAAGAUAUCACUCCUAAAAGUGAUUUUGUAAAAGAAGUACCAUCUAAAUCAGAGCUUGGCAAUGAUUUGAUAAAUUUGGGGAAGCAAAUUUACACACCAGAGGCCGUCCAAAUGUCAUUGGCUCAAGAUGAAGAGAUUCCUACUGAUUGGAUAGACGCCAUGAAUUAUGCCAAUUCUCAGGUUAAUAUAUUUCAAGAAAGCGUUAAUGAAAACCCUUUAACAGCAGUUCCUACUGCCAUACAAACGUACAUAAACCUACCUCCGUUACAAUCAAAUCCAGUCCCAUCGGGAACAAAUAUAAAUCCACUCGAUUUUAACACGACUAACCAGUUCUACGACAACCAAAAAACUCCGAACACCGAUACGAACUUACUUAAAAAUUUGACUGCUCAAGCUGAUAUUUGUACCUGUGUAGAUUGUAAAUGCGAUUCGAUUAAUAAUUGUCAGAACUGUGAUGGACCUGAAAUAAUGUCACCCAAAGAGACCGGAUGUUGUGGUUCAAAUAAAACAGUAGGAAGUUGCUGUAAACCAAAUACUUCUGGUGUUGGCUGUUGUAAAGGGAACUCUACAACUCCUUCCUCUAGAGUGGGAUUUAAAACAAUCGACCAUUCACAACCUGAGAAAGAUACAGGAAAGAAAGUUGGAUGUUGUUCUAGUAGAGCAAUGGAUGUGAUGAGUGCAAUAACAUCCCUUACAGGUAAUAAGGAGAAACAUGAUGAGUGUUGUAUUGUGGUAUGUUUAAAAACCGUUGAUCAACUUCGACAAAUAUUAAGUAUGGCUGGUUCCUGCAGUGGUAUGCAAUCUGUUACUAGUGGAUGUCUUAAAAAUGGAUCGCAGGGUGCAUAAAAUCUUAUUAUUAUUCUCUAAAAUUAGAAGAAAAAUGUAAAACUAAAGAGUUUAUUAAUGUCAUCUAGCAAUUAUUUGCUUAAUCCUUACAAGUACAAUAGUAGAAACGACAAGUGAUAAACAGACAGAUAGUCUUCCCCCUGGUUUUUAAUAGAUGAAACAUAAAGAUGGCUGGGGAAAAUCAAUAAUUGGAAUAAGACCUUUAAACGCCAUCUAUUUUUUAAAACAAAUAUCAUUGCGUGAAUACUGUUGUACACAUUUUAAUAAUUAAGAUGAAAUUAAUAAAUUUAUAUAAAAGUAUUAUAGAAUACCAAGGACAUUUUAACAUUAACAAUACCACUUAUAGAUUAUGUGCCAUAAGUAGAGGUUAUUAUUAAUAGUCAUCCUUCAUUAUUAAAAUAUUUUAAUAUGUUAAUAUUACAUCAG